ACUACCGGUUUAGAUUGUAGCCUUGAAAGUAUCAAAUAAGACUCGGGAGUAUCACGGUACUUUUGCACAUAAAAUAGUAUCAAAAAAAGUACCAUCGUACCAAUUUUGCCAUCCCUGACUUUGCCUUAUGGUUAAAACAACAUUAUCUACCUAAACGGGAUUUGGUUUCAACCACAUGUAUAAAAUAACGGGUACUAAAAAGAGUACAGACUCGGACUAGAGGGUCGCCGAUUCCAGUUUAUUGUUCCGGCUGACUAGAGGACUGUGGGAUUGCAAUAACACUAAUAUAAAGGAAGAUUCAACAAAAUAACAUGUCCCAAGGGGAAAUAAGCUUCUAAUAAAAGACCAUCUCACAGUAAUUUCUCUUUCUCUAGAAAUCAAUAAAUUUUCACCUUCUUUUAAAGUUAUCUAUUUAAAUCCGCCUUAUUCCUAUCAUCAAUUUGUAGAUAUUUUGGGUAAUAUAAAUCUAGUUAAUUGGGCAUUACAUGGCAAAUUUUUUAAUUGGCAAGUCUAUUUAUUUGUUGUAUUAUUUAUUUUGUGCUUCGGCAUGUAAAUAUGUAUGAGUUUCUGUUUUUGUUAUUGCUUUAGUAGUGUGUGGUGGAGAACAAUAAAUACGGCGACGACGACAACAACGACUACGACGAUGAUGAAAACAAAAACAACAACAAAUAAUAAUAAAAAUAGCGACAAAAUAACAUAGGCGUAAAUACACAAAUAGAUAAGCGACGGACAAGUCUAAUAGGCUGAUGCGGAAGCCCACAGAGAGACGGGUGUUGUUUUUAAUACGUUCCUAAAUAAAACAAAAAUAAAAUAAAAACAAAUCGUAAUAAAUAAAAUAAUAGAAAAAAAUAUACAUAUAUAAAUAAAUCAGCAACAACAACAUAAACAUAAAAAGCAGAAGGGAAAAUACAAAAACAACAAAAAGAAAAAUAAGAAUAAUAAAAAUCAAAACAAGUGUAUGUAAAAAAAGUAAAAUCUACAGUUAAGAAAUUCAUGAAAUCAAUAAUAAAUGAAUGGAUAUAGAAUAAAAUAAUAAUAUAAUAAAAAACACAAAUAAACAACAUUAAACUGUAAAGAAAUACACAAAUUGAAUCAUAUAAUUUAUAUGUGAAAAAAAGCAGGAGUGUGUGUGUGAUGUGAUGUUUGUGUCUGUGGCAAAACCCAAAACAAAACAAAACAAAAAAAAAGAAGCAAAGAAAAUAUUUUAAUGAAGUUCAAUUAUUUUAAAGUGUAAUAAAUGUGAGAAGUGUGAAGUUAACAACAUCAUAAAAUCAACAACCACAACACAACCAACAGAUACAACAACACCACACAGAAAAAGUGAACAACAAAAGAUAUACAGACAUCAUCAUCACAUUCUUAAAAAAAGUUGAGUUAAGGACCAAACAGAAACCAAAUAUUUCGUCAUCAUUCAAGAAAAAAAAAAGAAAAACAAAGAUAUUAAAAUAACUUUAAAUAUAAAGAAAAUGUUAAUAAAAUGACUGUCAUCGGCGAUAACUUGACAAAACUGGAAGUUCGAUUUCAAACCAUUAGUGAACUAAUGGCAAAAAAGAGAAAAUUAUAUUUGCAUAAAAGAGUUAAAUCAAUGGAUGACAAUUCUAACGAGAACACUACUACUACCAAUCCAACUUCGAAUACAUCGAAAGAAGAUGUAAACCGAACAUCACAACCAAUAACAUCAUUAAAUACUAAAACAAAUUCGAAUUCUUUAACGAAAUGUUCAUUUAUACAUUUGUGCUUUACUUCCUCUGCUGAAACAACAUCUCCGGAAUUGACCGAUGAAAGAUACAAUUAUGAAUAUAAUCCAGAAUUACGCAUUUGCAUGGAAUGUAAACGACAUAAUGAGUUAAAAAAUGUUAGUAUAUCAACAACAACAACAACAGAAGAGAUAUACAACAAAAAUUGCUCAUGUAAAAAUAACUGCCACUGUAGUUGUAGACCAACAAUAUACCACCACAACAACGUACUCAAAUAUAAGCCUGCACAAGAAUCUUUAGCGAGCCACAAUAACAAUAAAUACAACUGUAACACCCACAAUCAAGAGAUUCAUAUGCAAGAUUCCUAUUAUUUGUUAAGAACUCAAAUGGACAAACUAAGAACAUCCUGCGCCUCAACAACAACCACGUCUUCAUCGACGUCAACGCCAACGGCGGCGACAAUAAUGUCAACAACAGCAGAAUUUCAAACUUCAUCUACUACACAUCGAACUUAUUUGUCCACGUCCUCUGAUGUUACUAGCAACAAAAACUUUGUAAACAGACGAUUUUCAACGAGUAAAGGCUGUAAAAGAAGAUUUAUUUUACACUUAUAUAACAUUGUUAUGAUAUUAAAAACGUUGUUAGUCCUAAUUACCAGAACCGCGCCGUCUCUGCUACAUCGUUCGUCUACAACUAGCGAUGAUAGCAGAUUACAUUUAAAAAACCCCAAAUAUUAUCGAAGACGUCAAGCCUACCACCAAUAUUCUCAAUUAAAUAUUCAAUUAAAAAAAAGACUGACACACUCUAAUGAUCAAUCGCCACAACAACAUAAUUAUAAUCAUUAUUAUUACCACAAACAAAAAUCAUCAUCAUUACAUUCUACACCAAAUGUUUCAUUUACCAAAUUAAUUUUAAUGGGUUUAUCGUUCCUUUCAAUAUUAUUGCCAUUAUCACAAGCAUUGUCCUCAGAUUUUGAAACAACACUGCAAUCAUCAAUAGCUGCCUUGGAUAGAUCACGAAGAGAUGUUGUUGCAUCGAAUGAUCUGCAAUUAAAAUCGUCUUCGCCAAAUGAACAAGUUCGUCUAACGCGACCAGAACAUGUUUGUAAAUCUCUCGAUAUUCGAAACUCAGCAUCACAAUUUCGACAAGUGGAAAAUUGUACGGUUAUUGAAGGUUUUUUACUUAUCACUCUCCUAAACGGUAACUCGCUAGAGGACUAUAAUGAAACGUUUCCCCUUUUAACGGAAGUUACGGAUUAUAUAAUUGUUUAUCAAGUUCAUUAUUUACGAUCAAUUGGUCGUAUAUUUCCCAACUUGAGUGUUAUAAGAGGACGGGUGUUAUUUGAAGGUUACGCUCUAAUAGUCUAUUCAAAUUCACAUCUCGAAGAGCUAGGUCUUACCAAUCUGACGACAAUAUCUCGGGGAGGUGUAAGAAUCGAAAAGAAUGUAAUGUUGUGUUUUGUAAAUUCCAUCGAUUGGACACAAAUUGUAUCGAAUACUACGGACAUAGUUAUUGAGGAUAACCGUGAUACUAUUGAAUGCCCGGCUUGUCCUGGUGAUCAGUGGAAUGUGGGAGAUUCUAAUGCAGGAACAAAAGAGCUGGCUUGUAAGGAACAUCAUGGUCGUCGUCAUUGCUGGAAUAGUAAAUCGUGCCAAAAAAUUUGUCCCAAAAGAUGUCAACAUAAUUGUGUUGAUGAAAACACUUGCUGCAAUGAAGCUUGUCUGGGUGGCUGUUCGCCUAAUAACUUGAACGAAUGUAUUAGCUGUAGAAAUUUUUCCAUCUACAACACUACCUGCAUUGACAAAUGUCCAGACAAUUUUUAUAAAUACCUGGAUCGUCGUUGCUUGACAGCUGAAUCGUGCAGUAUUAUAGGAACAAAAUAUGAAAAUAAUCGUCAAGAGAUAUUAGUGGCUUAUGAGGGAAGUUGUUCCACGGUUUGUCCGGAAGGUUAUACAAAAGUUAAUAUGACGUGUGUGGAAUGUGGUGACAAGUGCACUAAGAAGUGUCAAGGUAGUCUUAUUGAUAGUGCUGCACGUGCUAGAGAAUUCCAUGGUUGUACACACAUUGUUCAAUCUCCUUUAAUGAUUAACAUCAAAAGAGGCGGUCGUCAUUUGAUGGAGGAUUUGGCUUAUGGUUUAUCUUCGAUUGUUACCAUUGAAACGGCUUUAAAAGUUCAGGGCACCUAUGGCGUUUUUGAUUUGAAAUUUUUUAAAAAUUUACAAAAUAUAGAGGGUGAAAAUCUCAUUGAAGAUAAAUAUGCUCUUUAUGUACUGGAAAAUACUGAUAUCGAAACUAUAUGGAAUCAUAAUCAAACUGUUCAAAUAUUAAGGGGUACCGUAUAUUUUCACUUUAAUCCAAAACUAUGUUUGUCGGAAAUUAAUGCUUUAUUGCCCAUGGUAAAACAAGCGAAAAAGAAUGUAACAAGCUUUGAUAAAAUAGAAGUAUCCGAAGAUUCGAAUGGUGUUAAGGGCUCAUGUAAUACAACAUUACUUAAUAUAACAAUAUCUAAAAUUGGUUCACUUUUGGCCCUGGUUAAAAUCAACAAUCCUAUGGUAUACGGUGAUCCCAGAACAUUCAUUGGUUAUCAAUUUUUACACAUAGAAGAUCCCUUUGGCAAUGCUACAAAGCAUGCUUUUCGUCCAUGUGAAGACAAAUGGGAAAUAAGUGAUCCUACUAAAGAUAAUUUCUAUAUUUUUCAAAGUCUUAAACCAUAUACGCGUUAUUCAUUUUAUGUCAAGACCUUGACAAUUUCAACUGAACGUCGUAAUGGCCAGAGUGCAAUACAUAAUUUUACUACGAAAUCUGAUCAACCCAAAAGUGUUAAUAAGUUACAAGCCUAUGCUAACUCGAGUUAUAAUAUUGUUAUGAGUUGGUUGCCUCCCACUGUGGCUAAUGGAAAACUCAUUAAGUAUAAAAUACGAGCUGUGUAUGAUAAACGUAUUCAAAGAAUAGAGUCUCGAAAUUAUUGCAAAGAUCCUUUAAAGGAAAUCAGUAAACCAGAAAUUCCUGUUGUAACCAUCACCGAAAAGCCAACGAUACCAAAGAAUUGCAACUGUAAAAAGAUCAAUUCUCAAAUGUAUGAUGAUGAAGAAAUAGAUGCGAGCAUACAUGCUAGCAUUGAACUAGAAAAUGCUCUACAAAAUUUUGUAUAUGUUAAAAAAGAGAAUAAAACCAGAUCGAGUAGAAGGAACAUGAAUUCGUUAGAGGCGUUAGAAGCGAACAGUAGCCGUAAUCGCCGUGCUAUUGAGGGAGAUCCUUUCGACAGUUUUCUAUUGCGUCAUAUACGCGAUGCACCGGCCGAGGGAAAUGCCAUACACGAUACUACAACACCGACAACAACGACCACUACAACAAUGGAUCCUCAGGGUGAUGGUACACUUUUAUAUAACGAAACACGAAUGGAUCCUGAGGGUACUUAUUUCGAAGUUGUGGUUGAUUCAGUAAAUGCCUCGAUGACUGAAUUUGUUUUCUCAAAUUUGAAACACUUUUCAUGGUAUAUGUUGGGUGUGGAAGCUUGCAGAGAAAAAGAUACUCCUAAUGACACUUUACCCGAUUGCAGUAUAGAAGUAAAAACCCAUGUACGCACACUUAAACUUGAGAAUGUCGAUCGAGUGGAACACGUAAGGGGUGAAGUGGAAACAACAAAUUCAUCUAGAAGUAAUAUACGUGUUUUCUGGGUAAGUCCGAAACAUCCAAAUGGUGCCGUCGUAUCAUAUACGAUAUUAUAUCUACUACAAUCACCCGAUGCUGUUGAAGAGAAAAAAUGUAUAACUGAAUCGGAUUAUAUAGAAUUGGGUUAUCAUCAAAAUGGUUAUCCAAUACCUAAUCUUAAUCCCGGUAACUAUACAAUUAGAAUUAAUACAAAUACUUUAGCUGGCGAGGGACAGUUUUCGGAUACCAUUUGGGUUGUUAUACCGCCUGUUACCAUGCCGACGAGUGUUAUAAUUGGCAUAGUGGUUGGAGCACUUUCGGCUGUGACUUUAAUAGGUGUUUUAAUAUAUUGUCUGUGUAGAAAGCGUAUUUUGGCUCCUUCUUCGGACUUGAAAAUAUUCCCCUCUGUAAAUCCGCAUUAUAUUAGUUUGCAGUACAUACCGGAUGAGUGGGAAGUUGCUCGAGACAAAGUAAUACAACUCAAUCCUUUGGGCCAAGGUUCAUUUGGUAUGGUUUACGAGGGUAUUCUAAAAGGCUACAACAAUAGCAGCGAAGAUACACCCUGUGCCAUUAAGACGGUUAAUGAGAAUGCCACCGAUAGGGAGCGCAUGAACUUUUUGAAUGAAGCCUGCGUAAUGAAACAAUUCGACACUUUCCAUGUAGUUCGUUUGUUGGGCGUUUGUUCGCGCGGUCAGCCUGCUUUGGUUGUUAUGGAACUUAUGAAGAAUGGCGAUUUAAAGUCUUAUCUACGUGCUCAUCGUCCCGAUGAUCGCAACGAUAUGCCAUUAUUGGGACGAUCUGAAAUGCCCGCUCAACCGCCUCCUAUAAGUCGCAUUUAUCAAAUGGCCAUUGAAAUUGCUGAUGGUAUGGCUUAUUUGGCAGCGAAAAAAUUUGUACAUCGUGAUUUAGCGGCUAGAAAUUGUAUGGUUGCCGCAGAUCUAACAGUGAAAAUAGGAGAUUUUGGCAUGACUAGAGAUAUUUAUGAGAACGAUUACUAUCGUAAGGGUACAAAAGGUCUGCUACCAGUUCGUUGGAUGCCUCCGGAAAGUUUAAGAGAUGGUGUUUAUUCCACUGCCAGUGAUGUGUUCAGUUACGGUGUGGUCCUGUGGGAAAUGGCAACAUUGGCAGCACAGCCAUAUCAGGGAUUAUCAAACGAUCAAGUUUUAAGAUAUGUAAUCGACGGAGGUGUAAUGGAGCGACCAGAAAAUUGUCCCGAUAAAUUGUAUAGUUUAAUGCAAAAAUGUUGGCAUCAUAGACCUUCGGCUAGACCAACAUUUCUGGAAAUUAUACGUUAUCUACUCGAUUCGGCAGAUCCCUACUUCCGUGAAGUGUCAUUCUAUCAUUCGGAAGAAGGUCAACAAAUACUAGUAAAGGAAAUAACAGAACGAAAUCAACGUUCGGGAGAUGUAUUCGAUGAUCAUGACAACGACAUGGAAGAUGUAACAACACCACUUCGUUUGGAAGAAUAUAGUGGAUAUAAAUUAAAUAUGGACAAUAAUUCAUCAGUUGAACAUCGUGGAGAUUCAUCUAUGGUCAUAGACGACGAUGCUCCUCAUUCACCUUACAGCCUAACAGGCUCACCCAUAGUCGUUAGUAGUACGCCGGACGAACAUGUUAGAAACAAUUUUAAUAUGUCGCGUAUUAUCAAUUCGCACAAUCAAAUACUUAAUUCGGCGCCCUCAACAUCGGCUGAACUGAGGAAGGCCGGUCCAGGCAUCAGUUAUUAUCCACAUCCCCAUACACAUCCGCAUCAUCGAAAUCUCUAUCAACCCACACGUUAUGCCCAACAGCAGGCUCGUCAACAGCGCCCUGACGAUGUUGAUGCCUAUGUCCCUCCAGACUUCGAAAUGAAAGACUUGAUGGAAAUCAAAAGAGACUCGGAUGAACAAGGUUAUGAAAUGUACGAUCCUAGUCCGAACUAUAGUGAAAAAGUUCCCACCAAUGUUCAUGGUGAUGAUGACGAUGAUGAUUUGGGUGUUCAUUCAACGGCGGGGCAAAAUUUGUUGGCACAUUCAAAACCACGUCAAAGGCAACCUACUAUUAUGCCUUUAUCUAGCUCAAUGCCCGAUGAGGUAAUAGGACAACCGACAUCUUCCUCACUACAUCCCUCCACAGCGUCGGCUGCUUCAUCUAAUGCCUCCUCUAAAACUGGUACCGGAAGGUAUCCAAGUUUAAGGGCUGUGGCCGAUUCAUUGGGAAAUAAUGUGACGGCUAAAUUUAGAAGCAUCCUAUUUAAUACACACAAGCGUUCGGGUAGCAAUGCCAGCUAUAAGAGCACCAGCUCUAACCCUAAUACGGCGGCCGUGGGAGGCGGAACUGGUGGCAGUAGUAAUAAUCUUACCAGGGGAGGACGCGGUAAAAGUAUGAGCGGUCAAAAUUUAGGAACAAUAGAGAGUGGUGGAAGUGGUAGCGCUGGUAGCUAUUGUGCUAAUCCCCGUUUCUACACAACCAACAACACUAGUAGUACAAGUGAAAAUCCAAACUACAAAAGACUUGAGAGCGGUAGUGGUGAUACGCUCACAAAUAAACCCAAAAUGUCUUCAUCCUCUGCCUUCUCCAUGAGUUCAAAUCCCAAUUAUCAGGUAUUAGAUGAAUCACUCAAUACAACCGGUGCAUCAACUUCUACAAACAAUCCAGCUGCCAUGAGCAGCAGUUCCUUAUUACACACAUCCGAUAAUCCAAACUAUCAGUUAAUGCAAGCUCCCGGCGCCCCUCAGAAAACAGAAAACUUAUCAUCAUAUGUUAUGAUGAAUGAACCAAAAGCUCCAGAACCUAGUGCCAUCAGUAUAAGCAACAAUCCCAACUAUCAAAUGAUGGGUCCACCACCACCUCCUUCAGCCUUAAGUGGUACAAUGUCAACGACAGUAUUACCAACAUCACAACCGCCAUUAGCUCUAAGUCGAGCUGGAGCUGGGACAGAGCGUUUUACAAAAUAUUCAUCCUCAUCUUCCGCACAAUCAACCUCUUCCAGUCAUGAGACAGAUGAAGAAGAUGAUGAUAUACCCACCAGCAAGGGUAUGAAAUCUGAUCGAAUACCUUUAAGCCGGCGUAGCAGUAAUGAUCGUAACCAAAAGAAAAAACAUCUUAACAAUCGAAGUCGUAGCCAAAGUAGCAGUAGCAGCAGUCGAAGUAGCAAUACUACAACUACCACAUCACAACAGCAACCGUCAAAACCUAAAACAUCAUUGAUAGCUACCACCACACUGCUAACAAAAGAGAACUGGCUGAAGCAACAACCCGCCCAACAACAACAUCACCAGCAAACACAACCCCCUCCGCCGCCCAAUGGUUUUGUAGGACGUGAAACUACGUAAGCUUAACGAAAAAAUUAAAAAAAAUAAGAAAAAUUAAAAAAAUUAACAAAAUCAUUAACCAAUUAUGUAUUUAUAUGUAAGAGAAAAAUAAUAUUUACCUACUGACUGAGUUGGAUUAAUACACAACUGCGUUUGUAAAUAAUAUUUAAAUAAUUCUAAUUAAUAAUAAUAAUAAUAAUAAUAUUAAACGAAACCACAACAAUAAUAAUAAUAAUAAUAAUAAUAGUAGCAUUAGAAAUCAUAUAUUUAUUGAAUGUACAUAUUAUUAAGUAUAAAGUAUGUAGUACUAAUAUUAGUUAGUUAGUACACUAUUAUUAUUUUUAUUUUAAUUUUGUACAACAACUAAAACAAAUAACGGUGUUGAUAAAGUCCUUGUUUUUAUUUUGUUAAUGGACAGAAAUAUUUCUAAUCUACAAAUACUUAAUUAUAACAAAAUAUUAUUUAUAACUUUACAACAUCCCAGCAAAAAAAAAAUCCGGAAAAAGAUGUAGUAUUUUCAUCAGAACCCAGCAAAAGAAGUGAGGAAAAAGAAGUAGAAUUUUCACCACAAAUAACAUACUUGAAGUACUUCCAAUUUUGGUGAAAAACCUAUGAAUUUUACAUUAGCUAAACUACAUCUUAAUCUUAGUUUUAGAAGCAGUAAAAAACCGAUAUUUGGAUCUUCAUGACACUCUUAUGAAAAUUUCACUGUUUUUUUUAGAUGUGAUUAAGAUGUAGUUUGUAAAGUAUUACAUCAAUUAUUUUUUGCUGGGAUAUAUAAAACAUCCGUUAAAAUGUUUCCAUAUAUGCGAUGGCUAUUUUAGAAAUGAAUCUGAAUUGUUAAGAAACAAAUCCAAAUCUCAUUUUACGAAUAUUGUCAUUUUUAUAGCUCAAUUUUGUUGAAUUAUAAAAAUGAUACAAUUUGUAUUUCUUAAUUUCAAAUUCGCUUGAAAAAGUCAUUAAUAAUACUGACCAACGAGUUU